ACCAUCCGCGUGAUAUCAUAAGAUUACGAAGUAUUUUCGUUGAGAUUGAGUUGUCUGGAAUGUUGUUUGUUCGAGUCGUUAGUUCUGACUUGUUUUCUUCUGCGCUAACCGCUGUUGGUGAUUACUGAUACGGUUUUGUAAGUGUAUUAAGAGUAUCUAUACCCAGAUACCGUAGAAAUUUCAAGCACAUCAGCGCUGAGAAGACUAGGUAUUCCUGUAUACAAGUAUAAUGGAUAAUGACACAGAAGAAAAUGAAAAACUGUCUUUAAAUAGUUCAAAUGAAAGUCAUCCAUUGACGGCGAGAUAUCAGUCAAAUAAGACAAGAAAAGAACGCAAGCCUUUUGCAAAAGCAAGUAUGACUGUCACUGUAACGAAAGAACCAAAGAAAACAAGUUUAAUGUCUGUUGCCAGGUUGCAAGUUCCAAAUUCGGGGAAAUACCAAAGAUUAGAUAAUUCACCUUUAUUAAAAUUGGAGUCUGACAGCGAUGAUGAGGAUGAACUAUUUUUAUCUUACACAAGACCAACUGCAAAUCAAGUCAACAGGCAAUUAACAAAACAAUUAGAAAAAGAUGGAUAUAGACUCGAUGAAAUGCCAGAUGAUGAGGAACUGGACUUGAUUCCGCCUCGAGAAUUUAGAGAAGCUCGUUUUUGUUCUUGUUGUAAUGCUUUUAAUAUAUCUUGUGCCAUCAUGUAAUCUUCACUACUGCAAGAGCUUUAGUUUUCCAAUCAUCUGAAAUGGAUUCACACUGAAUCCAAGUGGCUUUGGAAUAUGGGCACAUGCUAUGUGCCACACAUAGUACAGAAUACAGAUACUAUACGUAUUUUGUUAAACACAUUGUGGUAAAUUUUCUAUAUUUAGUGGAGUAUUAUUGUAUGAUACUUUCUAUACUAAAUCCCCUGUUAUCGUGUUAGUUUCGUUGGCGGGGAAACGUUUUGCUACGAAUCUAUGAUCAAUCGCAAAAUCAAUUAUCAGCAGCUUUAAAACAUUAUACUGUAAAAUGUGAGGGCUCAGAUAGUACGCAACUUUUAGAGUCCGAAAUAUUAUAUUUUUUGGACAUUUAAAUAUACCGUAAGUACAAGCUAUGUAUUCAUCAAUCAUUUAAAAGUAUUAUAUUUUUCAAUGUACAAUGCACCUGUUGCCACCCUUUGUACUUGACAAGUGUUUUAUGGUGGAAUUGGUGUUGAACACUUUCAAAUUUUGAUGCCAUAUAUGCCACAUUGAUUUUGGAGAUUAAUUUGUGUUAGCUUCACAAGGGAUGUUGGAUGUAAAUCAAAUGAAUGUAUUCUUUUUAAAGUAUACUUCUCUUACAUUUGUAUAAAGAUAAUUUUAUUGUUUUUUUUUCCCGAGUGUGUAUUGUUGUUUUUUGCAGUAUCUCUUUAUUCAAUUAACUUCAUAGUAAUUAGCCAUUAUUUUGUAUUGUAACUGUAAAAUCUAUGCUUAAAUUUAAUUUUUUCGCCACUGAUAGGAUAUUUACACGUUUAUUCCGGGGAAAGAAAAGCCAGAUGGCUUAAUCAUCUGGCGUACCACAACCUCUAUUAUAAAUUUAUGAUGGACUUGUGUCCUGCAGAUGAAGACUUGAUGGUCAGGCCAUUAAGUGUUGUGUUGCAUUAUAAGAAUUAUGAUGUGAUCACCUUUGCAAUUACUUAUCAGCUCCUUAUUGGUGAUAGAUCCUUGAAUGUGAUGUGUGUUUUCUUGCCACAUAUGAUGACCUGAGUUCACAGAUAGAACAAUAAUACUCUCGCACAAAACUUCCACUAUUCUACGCCUAUGCUUGGCAGUGGGGAAGAUUUGAAACAAUUGCAUAUCUGUUUUUACUUUUCUUGUAUAUAAUUUUCAUGCACCCAUGUUAUUCACUGUGUUAUUAGAACUCCAUUGAAGGAAUGAUGUUGUUCUCUUUAUUUCACAAUGUUUGUUCAUUUUUUUUUCUUUGCAUUUUGAUUCCAUUCUUCAAAGUCAUUUGUUUCUUACUUUUUCACCCUCAAGUGAGUGUAUAUUUGAGUCGCUGAGUAGAUAUUGUGCAAUUAAAUUGUGUGUAAUUUACAG